CAGAUAGUUGGCAGAGGGGCAUAUGGAGUGGUGAGCCGAGCAAGGUGGCGAAACAUUGAUGUGGCAGUCAAAUUAAUUAAAACAGAAUCUGAAAGAAAGGCAUUUGUGACAGAAUUGAAACAACUUUCAAGAGUGAAUCACAUGAACAUUGUCAAAUUGUAUGGUGCAUCUACUAAACAACCUGUGUUUCUUGUGAUGGAAUAUGCUGAAGGUGGUUCACUUUACAAUGUUUUGCAUGGAAAUCCCAUGAAGCCAUCAUACACUGCAUCUCAUGCAGUUAGUUGGUGUCUGCAGUGUGCUAAAGGUUCUAAUUACUGCCUGCCACUUUCUAAUAGCCAUCCCUCCUUAAUACUAGCACUCUUGAUUACUACCAGUUUGUUGUUGGUAUCAGGAGGUCUGGUACUGAAGAUAUGCGACUUCGGCACGGCCUGUGAUGCACACACCCACAUGACGAACAACAAGGGAAGUGCCGCCUGGAUGGCUCCAGAGGUCUUCGAAGGUAGUGAUUACAGUGAGAAAUGUGACGUUUUUAGUUGGGGUAUCAUUUUGUGGGAGGUGCUGGCCAGGAAGAAACCAUUUGAUGAAGUUGGGGGACCUGCGUUCAGAAUAAUGUGGGCCGUCCAUAAUGGGACUCGACCACCAUUGCUGAAAAACUGCCCGAAACCUAUUGAACUCUUGAUGACCAGGUAA